AUGUCUUCCCACAAGCCAAAACCCUAUGUUGACCGCGCAACUGCCCGUCAUGAUACCAGGUCCGACAGCCUAGAGGAUAACGAGUCCAGGUUAGCAGUGCGCCAGGGGCUAGGUUUAGAUGAUAGCGACGAAGAACUGACGGAAUUGGCGGUACCGUCUCCUGCUGCCAAUGAUGACGACCAACGUGACACAUACGAAGAGGAGGAAGCAAAAGCAAGGCGGAGUUCAUCCGUCCUGCAGCAAGACAACCAAGGCAACGGAGAGUUAACAGAGCUUGCUGUGCCUGCGCCAAUUUCCCAUCAUAGCACGUCUGAUGCAGAAGCGGAGGAUACUCGUUUCCGUUACGAAGGACUGACAGAGAAUCAGAAUUCUUCUUCUUCUUCUUCUUCUUCUUCUUCUUCUUCUUCUUCUUCUUCAGCAGACCGUGUCGAAGAACAACCAAUUCAACGAUCGACCACCAGGUACUCCGUCUAUGCAGAAUUCUGUACCAUCAGCUGGCUGGUGUUCUUCGCAAUUCUAGGCACUUUGGCUCGACUCGGCGUACAAGCUAUAUCGACUUAUCCGAAUACACCCUUCCUGUCACCAGUCCUGUGGGCUAAUCUAGGAGGCUCACUAUUUCUCGGGUUUCUGUUGGAGGAUCGGCGCUUGUUUCGCUACACCGUGGAAGCGAACGACGGUGAAAAACCCCUCACGUCUGAAAUAGACAGGGUAAAGAAGACGUUGCCAUUGUACAUCGGGCUGGCGACUGGCUUCUGUGGCAGCUUUACAUCGUUUUCAUCCUUUAUUACGGAUGCAUUCCUCGCGCUCUCAAACACCCUGGAGCCUCCGUCGGCGGCAGAGCCGUACCGUGUAUCACAAUCGCCCAUCCACGCCCGGAAUGGCGGGUUUUCUUUCAUGGCAACGAUCGGCAUUCUCAUAGUACAAACAGCUGUCAGUCUGGCAUCCUUGAAGACUGGUGCUCACAUUGCGGUAGCUGCCGAGCCCAUCUUCCCUAGUUUACCAGCCACAUUCCUCCACCGAUUCCUCGACCCCUUAGCGAUCCCGCUUGGAUGGGGCUGUUGGCUAGGAGCUGCGUUUCUCACUAUUUGGCCUCCGUCCGACGACUGGCGAUAUCGAGUAACGUUCGCUUUGGUGUUUGCCCCACCUGGUGCUAUUCUGCGCUUUUACCUCUCGAAACACCUCAACGCUCGUAUUCCGGCUUUUCCACUUGGCACAUUCAUCGCGAACAUCUUCGGUACUAUCAUCGAAGGUAUGUGCAUGGAUUUGCAACAUUCGAGCAUGGUCAUGGCCAAGGUGACCGGCUCGAAUUUGGCGGCUUGCGCGGCGUUGGAAGGUGUCAUGUCCGGUUUUUGUGGUUGCACGACGACAGUAAGUACAUGGGUGGCCGAAUUGAACGGGCUGAGACGCAGACACGCAUGGUUCUAUGGCCUGGUCAGUGUGACGAUUGCAUUGGCCAUUCAAGUGGUAAUAAUGGGUAGCAUGAUCUGGACGAUAGGCUAUGACCACCGCUGUGCGCAAAAUUCACCUUGA